CGAAUCAAACCUUCCUCGCUUUGCGGCGGUACAGACCGGGUCAGCCGUACUGUUCGGUUUAUCUCAUCACCGCCUCAUCAAAGCAGCUUGCUUCCCUACCCACCCCACUCACACUCUCUUAAUUUCCCAUUUUUUCUUCUUAACCGGAAUAGCCGUAACCCCCCGGUCUCGGCAUUGCUUCGACUCCACUCCUCUUUCUCUUUCUUCUUUAACUUCCUUACCAUUAAUUGGCGGAGAGCUAGCUUCAAUGCGGAGCUAUCGGCCUGCAUUUCCCAUUUAGAAAGUGAAGUCUACGUUAGGGUUCACUUUUCUCUUCUGGUGGCUUCUCUUCCUGUUUUUCUUUCCUUCGUUUCCUGUGCGAAUCUUGAUAUCGGCAGCGGUGAGAAUGCAGCAUUGGCGGCCGGAGAGCGCGGUCAUGACCUUCGAUGAGGUCCCCAUGGAGAGGAGCAAGAGCUUUGUCAAGGCUCUUCAGGAACUGAAGAACCUUAGACCUCAAUUAUACUCUGCUGCUGACUAUUGCGAGAAGUCUUACCUUCACAAUGAACAGAAACAAAUGGUGCUGGAUAAUUUGAAAGACUAUGCUGUUCGAGCCCUCGUCAAUGCUGUCGAUCACCUAGGAACUGUUGCUUACAAGUUGACAGAUCUUUAUGAUCAACAAACAACAGACCUGUCAGCUGUGGAUCUCAAGAUAUCAUGUCUGAAUCAGUGCAUGCUUACAUGCCAAAGCUAUAUGGAAAAAGAAGGCCUUAGGGAGCAGCAGUUAUCAGGGAGAGCUCCAAGGCAUCACAAACAUUACAUUUUACCGAGUUUUGUUGGCCAAAAAAUGCAAAAUAUUCAACUUGAUGCUGGACAAAUGCACACUCAAGCGAAACCACGGCCUCAUCUUCCAGGCACUCCUGCUUCAAAAACACUCUCCUGGCAUCUUUCCUCAGAAAAUUAUCCAUCAUCGAAUGGAGUACCUAACGCAUCAGAAGACACUCCAGUUUCUAAAUCUUUUAAAAUGCCGACCAAGGCCUUUCGUCUACUGGAAGCUGAAGUGGCGGUGACACCAAUGCCUUUGUCAAGACAAUUUCGAUCUACAUCAGAGGCUGUACCAGUAAAUUCAUUUGGAAUGAGGGACCCCACAGCGGUUGCUAACCCCCUUUCAGCGGUCAGGUCCUCUGAGAAUCCUCGGAGAGAAGCAUCCCAUCCUCCCGCUCGUAGCAAGAGUGUGCUAUCAGUAUUUUUCCCCAAACCAAAAUCUCUAAAGAAGAAAAUAACCUAUGUCUCAUAAAUUGUUCUCCAGGUGAAUCUGUGGGGGCUUUAUUUCCCAUAUCUAAUUUCACCCUAGGCUUUAUUGGUAGCAUGUUUUGCAGUUUAU